AAUGAAGUCGUUGUACACUACAGUCGAAAACUUUAUGCAUUACUGUCCAAAUUCUUUGGAAAACGAAAGAUGGAAUUGUACCACUGCAAGAAAAGCACCAAACUUUGGCGGUGACCUCGUUUAUGGUACAAAACAAUUAGCUUAUGUACAUGCGUUUUCCAACGCCUUCUUAAUGAGAACAAUCGCUCGCGCAUGCGUAAGUGAUUCGACUAGGAGCUGUCAAUGUCAAACCUUAAACAAGAAAGAAAAAGUUAAAAAGGAUGGUAAAGAAGAAAUUUUUCACUAUAAAGGAUGCGUUGAUAAUACGAGAUUCGCUGAAAAGUUUGCCACCUAUUUCGGAGACGUUAAAUGGAAUUACAAACUGAGGCAAAGAUAUAGGGCUAAACUAUCCAAUAGGACAAGGACGAGAAAGCUGAACACUAGAAAUUUGGUCAGACUGCAUAAUAAUGAACUGGGCAGAGAAGUAGGUUUACUUUUGUGUCUAAGAUGGACCGUUAAAUUGAUAAAUUAA